CGGGAGACCUCAACGCUCGCAUGAGUACACACCGAAAGGGCCCAUACGAGCUUCUUGUUAAGGAGCGUAUGAUGGGCCUGUAUCUGGCUAUCUUCAUUCAUCGCGAUAUCAAAGGUCUCAUCAAAGGAACUUCGAAGUCUGCGGUCACAGCUGGCCUUAUCGGCGGACGGGUGGGCAAUAAGGGUGGGGUCGGUAUCAGCUUAAACCUCGAUGGCACGACGAUGUUAUUCAUCAAUGCACAUCUGGCUGCACACGAGGGCAGGGUCCACAACCGGAUGGCCAACUACAACAAAAUUAAGAGCGAGCUUGCCGUCGACGAUUUUCUCGGUCCAGAAGACCCAAGAAUGAUGGCAGAAGACAUUACUGAUCGCUUCGACUUUGCUUUCCUCUGUGGCGAUCUCAAUUUUCGGCUAGAUAUUACCCGCCUGCAUGCUGACUGGUUGAUAUCGAGGCGAGAGUAUGGACAGGCCUUGGCUUUUGAUCAAUUGCGGAAGGCCAUGCAAUCCGGUGAGGCGUUUGUUGGUUUCAAUGAGGCCGCUAUCGACUUUCCGCCGACUUUCAAGUACGACGUGCUACGAUACAAGCGGAGCAAGUAUCGUAGGAGUGUUAAAAGAUUGUCCAGAACACCUGGCGUGGAGACUCAAACUCAGGAGAAGACACUGACCGAAAUCGAAGAAGCACCUGCAGCAGGUCCCGUGGACGAGGAUCGUGAGGAUCAUAGCGAAGGAGAACAGGAAUAUGAAGGCGAAGCAGCUUCCGUAGCGUCCACAGUCUACAGCGCUAGUCGUUCAAAGUACACUAUGGAAGCCGACGACGAUGAGCAUGAGGAUUUUUUUUAUGGCGCUCCCUCACCCCGGGCAACUCACAGCGUAGGUGCCCUCGUCAAUAAGUCUCUGGCUACGGCUGCCGUGCACAAGGCGAAAACCAAGUGGAUGUCUCUCAUAAACUCGACUUCUUCAUCUCCGGGAACCCCGAUCUUCAAGCGGUUCAAGCACAAGCAGCAUGAGGAGCACAGAUUCGACCGACGCUUUGAUUCCUCUCCGUCAUUGCCAUCUCCACCGCUUACUGUUUCGCUGCCCAACUCUCCUCCUCCCGAGUUCAGGAGUCUCACCUCCCCGCCGACGCCUGGACGAGGAGACAAGCCACUUACAGAACUUCACGAUGGCAAAUUACUCAUGCCUCCGCGUAGUUUGGACUCGAGUAAGCCAGGUAUUGCGCUUUCCACACGAGCUCAGUCCACCAAAUCAAUGGAGCGCGGAGAUCUUCCAGAGGAAGAGGAGGAAGUCGAGGAGAGAGGUGUUUACGAUACCUCACAUAAGAAGCGUGUGCCUAGCUGGUGCGAUCGUAUCCUUUGGAAAUCCAAAAUUAUGCCUGAACCCGAGCCAGAGGAGGACGAACCACUACCACCGCCGGUCCCUCCUCGGUCAAGGAUGAGCAGUCUCUUGCAUGCCUUCCGACCUGGUUCUUCACGUGCCCGGAAGGACUCGAAUACCUCCAUGGACGUGAACACUCCCUGUGUGCUGACGCUCGACAGUGCGCAGACAUCUCCAAGCGCCGAGGACAGUCCCACCUGGUCCUUCGAUGCUGAAUCGACACCGGUCCCACGACCUGAGUUCGCGAGUCGACUGCGCCACUCCGCUUCGGUGGAGCACUUCACUACUGAAGAGCGAUCCCAUGGCUUUCGCGCAAAGAGCCACUUCCCUCUCCUUGAACGUCCGCGAUCUCGGCAAGCCUCCCUCGCCUCCAACGCAAGGUCACCUCUCUCAGCAUCGUCCCGCCUCGACGACCGUCCACGGAGCGAGACCCCACCGCCCAUCCCUCCCAAGGACGACCUGCAUAGCAUCCAGCCUACAACCUCGCUGUGGAAGAGUUUCAGCUUCUUUCCCUUCCUUCGCGAUACCUUACCUCAGAUCGAGCAACCGCCGACGGCGAACAGCCCGCCCUCGCUGCAACAUCGACGCGGUGACGUGAUUUGUCUGGGCUAUAAUACCUUGGACGAUCGUCAGAUGCGCCGGCUCGAAGGCAAAAGUGAUCACCGUCCCGUGGUCGGGGCGUACGCCCUGUGUAUUUGAAAUCCCCCCUAAUGGACUCGUCAUGCGCCAUUUUAGAAGCAAGCGACUCUUAUCAUAUCAUGUACAUAAUGU